GAUAAAUUAAUCUUAGCGAUUGUAGGUAUGAAGGUCGAGGGUGUGAUUUUUGGCAUCGAUGGUGUAAUGGUACCCCCGCCAGAAAUUGCUGUACUAAAUUUUGAGAAAGAAUUGAAGCUACCGUCUGGUUUUUUGGAAAAAGUCUUGGAGGAUGGAGCACCGGAUAACAACUUUUGUAAAUUGGAGAGAGGAGAAUUGUUGUUUUCUGUAUUUGCUUCUAAAUUCGAUGCUGACGUAAGGGCCGCUGCAGAGCGUGAGCGCGUCAAUGUGGAUGAAUUUAAAACAGAAAAACUAUUUAAUAUGAUGAUGUCACAAAAGAAAACGAUACAUAAAGAGAUUCUACAUGCUGUCAAACUGCUGAAAAAUAAAAAAAUUCAAACCUGCGCUAUCACAAAUAAUUGGAUAGAUGACAGAGAAAAAAGCAAAAAAACGAUGUCCAAAUUUAUAGUAUCGAUUCGCAGAUUUUUUGACGUUGUAGCGCAGUCUAGCAUUGAAAGAAUACGGAAACCAAAUCCGGAAUUUUUCAAGGUUGCUUGUGACAAGUUAGGCUUCAAACCAAAAGAAGUCGUGUUAUUGGAUGUCGGCGACGAUAACUUGAAAAUUGCGUCAGAGCUUGGUAUGACGUGUAUUAAGGUAGUAACUCCGAAGCAGGCAAUUAAAGAACUUGAAAAGAUAAUUGAGAUGGAUUUGUCCACUGGAAGAACAUCAGAUGUUGUGUAUCCACCACCAUGUAAACCUGAUAACGUGCCCCACAGCAGCGUUGUUCUAAAAUCAGGGAUCAUAAUUCAUUACGUUGACGUCGGUGAAGGACCUGUUGUGAUGUUAUUUCACGGUUUUCCGGAAUUAUGGUAUAGCUGGAGAUAUCAGAUACCUGCCUUAGCAAGUGUCGGGUAUAGAGUUAUUGCUAUGGAUCAACGCGGAUAUGGUGAUUCCAGUUCGCCGUUUGAAAUCACUGAGUACACUCAGGAGAAAGUGUGCCAAGAUGCCAUAGAUCUUAUGGAUAAUCUAGGAAUCAGUCAAGCAACGGUUGUCGGUCAUGACUGGGGUGGUGUCGUGGUUUGGAACUUGGGAUUGUUCUAUUCACAUCGGUUGAAAGGAGUGUGCAGCAUAACUACCCCACUAAUUGCGGGUGAGAUGAUGGAAAAAUUUAAAAGGAUGACAGAUGAGUUUGACUACCAGAUGUAUUUUCAAGAACCCGGAGUUGCUGAAAAAGAGCUAGAAAGCGAUAUUCCAAGAUCAUUCAAACUAUUCUUCCUGGGAGUCAAUGAUCACAUUCCUUUUACCGAUGAAAAAUCAAUUGCUGCGGACAGUACGAACGUAACAAAACGCGGAGGAAUAUUUGUUGGAUUUUUAAAAGAUGUUGCAAUCGGGAAACUUCUAAACGAAGAUGAUUUGGCCUAUUAUGUCCAACAAUAUAAGAAAACUGGCUUCCGCGGACCGCUGAGUUGGUAUAGAAACCACGAAGAAAAUUUUAAAUGGAUGAUGCAAUACCCUGAUAGAAAAGUACUGGUACCUUCUUUGAUGAUCACCGCUUCACACGAUUUUGUAUUGAAACCGGAAUUCUCAUUGGGAAUGGAAGACAGAAUACCCAAUUUGUCUCGAGUAGCUUUACAGAAUUGCAGUCACUGGGCCACGGUUGACAAACCUGAUGAAGUGAACAAUGCUGUCAUUGCUUGGCUGGACGGUAUUCACAAAUCUAGCGAAAAACCUAUAGUGCAAUGAUAAGCUCCAACAAUGUAAAAGUGCCUACAACGGUUAAUUUAUAUCAUUAAACUCAAUGUAGCAGCAAGUAUGGAAAAUGUUGUAUUUAACAUUUUGCCGUUUUUGAGAAUGAUCUGCAGUUUUUUUUUCAAAUUCGAAGUAAAGAGUAAAUUUUUUAUUCGG